AUGGCGCCUUCGACGUUCAAGAACUCUCUUGUGCCACUGGCCGUCCACCUCUUGGGCGUUUCAGCCGGAACCUGUGAUCUCGACAGCUUCAAUGCCACCGUCGGUGGCCGUGUGCAGCCCCUGACACCCUUCUCCUUGCCCUGUUUCUCGAACUACAAUGGCACCGAAGUGGCGGUUAACAAUGCAGCCUGUGCGACUAUCCAGAGCAGGUACAGCGAUCCGUACCUGCGAGCGAAUUCCGCCAAUGGAUACAUGAAUAAUCAGGUGGAGAUGUGUGCCUCGGACCCUAGUGACCAGUGCUUGCUCGACAGCUCUGAUCCGACCGAUCCGCUGGCCUUUACCAACACGGUUUGCCAGCAAGGCAACUUGCCCUCGUAUUAUCUCGAGGUGCAGCAGGCUAGCGAUGCCGUGGAGGCUUUCAAGUUCGCCAGCUGCUCUGGAACCCGUCUAUCGAUCAAGAACAGUGGCCAUGAUUACCUGGGCCGUAGCAGUGGGAAGGGAACUCUCGCACUCUGGACACGCAAUUUGCAGUCAAAGACUUACCACUCUAACUUCAAGCUCGAGGGCUGUGAUGCGUGCUCCGCACCAGGAACCGCCGUGCAAGCCAUCAGUAUCGGCGCCGGUGUCAACUUCAACGAGGUCUAUGAAUUUGCCAAUUCGCACAACGUCACAUUCCUGGGUGGUUAUGCGCCAACGGUGGGCGCCAGUGGCGGUUUCCUGCAAACUGCUGGUCAUAGUAUUCUGUCUCCUGUCUAUGGGUUGGCCAUCGACCGAGUAAUCCAAUUCAAGGUGGUGACACCGGAUGGCGAGUACCGCGUCGCCAACGAAUGCCAAAACCAGGAUCUUUUCUGGGCUCUCCGUGGCGGCGGUGGUGGUACCUUUGGUGUUGUAAUCGAGAGCACCCACCGAGUUGAGCCUCAAUUGGGCUUCGUUGCUGCCAUUAUCAAAUUCACCUCGAACUCUAGCAAUCUGUUACCCUUCAUGGACAUCGUUGUCAACAACACGCUGAAGUGGGCUUCUGAAGGUUGGGGGGGUCAUAUCAGUGGCAGCAGCCUCAUCAACGUGACGCCUUUGCUCUCUGUGGCCCAGGCGGAGGAGUCCCUCGCCGAUGUGAUCGCCUACGCGAAAUCACAGGGUGGUUCUGCCGCCGUUGAACAGUUCUCGUCCUGGUACGCCUUCUACGAAAAGUAUGUCACUUCCAACGCGGUUAGCGUGGGAGUGACCCAUUUUGCCGGCAGUCGCCUGGUGCCCAAGGCUGUCUUCGAAACUGCCGAGGGCCGCAAGAACCUUAUGGACUUCUUCUCUCUCAUCCAAUCCAAGGGACAGAGCCCCUACAUCCCCAUCGUCGGCCCGGUGCUGUACAACUAUAAGGCGAACUCCACCUCCGCGACUCCCGCCUGGCGCUCUGCCGUUUGGGAACUGGGCUCCGGUACUGCCUGGGCCUGGAAUAGCACCCUGGAGACGCGCGAGCAGAAAAUUGCUGGUCUGCAGAACAUGACUGCGACCCUUGAGGAGAUUACCCCAGGCAGCGGUGCCUACAGCUGUGAGGCCAACCCAUUCACCGAAGACUGGCAGGAAGCCUGGUGGGGCGAGAACUACGAGCCCUUGUUGAAUAUCAAGAACAAGUACGAUCCCAACCGAUUGUUGAACUGCUGGAAAUGUAUCGGAUGGGAGGAAUCCGAUGCAAAGAGUUCCUGCUUCUCGGCCUUUAGCUAG